CAUCGGGGGUUUUGGAAGGACUUUCAUUAUUUAGGCCCGGAUGGUGUCCAUCUGCUGUGUACCCCUGCCGAGGACCAGCCCAUGAGGAAGUUUCGCCGCAGCAUUAGGAAUGCGGUGAUCCUGCACUCAAAAGUUUUGAGCCAUUAUGCCACCCAAAAAGAGAGCCAGGAGAGAUGAUGUGGCAACGGGAGGAGUACCACCACCAACACCACCAACUGAAGUACAUAAUGGGCAAAAAGGGCAAAAAAGAACCCGAAAACAGGCGGAGACUGACACUGUCAAUGUGCUAUCAAAUCUUGAUUAUGAACUACUGGCAAAAGAAAUUGUAAACCAAAAAGCUGCUAGUGAGAAACAAAACAUCGGUGAAAAGGUUGGGCAACCUCCAAUGGUGAAUUCUGUUGAGGAUACUGCACCGGUAGUUGGGGAACUGGGACUGGGAACAUUACUGGAUAAUGUGUUCACAGGUGAGCCCGCAGGCAAUUUAUCUCAGAGUACGAUUAGUAGUUUUGCAUGCUUUAGUAGCCCUCAAAUCCACUUAUCAGAUUGUGUGCCUCUAGGAGCAUCAGUUUCCUCCAAACUGAAACUUAAAAUUUGGAACAAUGAAUUUGUUGACUUAAAAAAUUUAUUGCCGACCUCAGGAGAUGAACCCCUUUCAAUUGUGGUACAAGCGGGGAAAAUUGAGCUACAACAAGCGGCUUCACAUAAAACACCUAUUACAAUCCAUCAAUGGACAGAUGCUUUUCUGGUAUUCAGUACAAUUUACUUACAGAAAUUUCCCCAUGAGGCAUGCAAUCUGUUAAAAUACAUGUUUACAAUUAGGGAGAUUCACAAGCUUCAUGGGGACCAACCCUGGAGAAUGUAUGAUGAGUCAUUUAGGAAAAUAAGAGAGACAUCCCUCCUGCCGUGGGAGAGAGUAGUAACAGAGUUGCGACUUAAGGUAGCCUCUAUGGGUUUAAAGUCUCCUACCCAAUUCCAAGCUUAUAAUGGUAAACAGCAGCCCUUUCGGGCAAAACAGUGCUACAAUUAUAACAAUGGGCAAAAAUGUAACUCCCUACCCUGUCGAUUCGCCCAUACUUGCCAAGCCUGUAGUGGACCCCACCCCCGAUUUCAGUGUAGAAACAUGUCAUCCAAAUCUAUUACAUCAAACAGGAAUGGCGCUGGUUCUUCCAACUCCAGUAAACCCGUUAAGACUUCACAAUGAACUAUUAGGUUAUGAGGCAGAUGAAUUAAAAUUGUAAGUGAAUGGCUUUACAUUUGGGUGUAGAUGAGGCUGUGUUAAGUCCCCUUCCAUUCAUCCUCCUCAUAAUCAUAAGUCUACAUAUGAGCACCCAGAAGUUAUUGAAGAUUACAUUCAUACGGGUUUAAGUAAGCAGAGGAUAUCUGGCCCAUUCACAAGACCCCCUUUACCUCAUUUUAAAACUUCUCCUCUGGGGGUUGUACCAAAAUCCGAGCAAAACAAGUUUCGAAUCAUUCAUGAUUUAUCCUUUCCUGCUCAGGACUCAGUUAAUUCUAAUAUACCUAGGGAAUACUCUCAGGUUCAUUAUGUUUCAAUUGAUACGAUACUCAGUUUGGUGCAUCAAUAUGGGAUGGUUUCACUUAUGGCUAAAACAGAUAUAAAGUAUGACUUCAGAAUAAUCCCCGUGAACCCAAAGGAUUAUCAUUUUUUGGGUUUUACUUGGAAAGGUCAGUUCUACUACGAACGCUGUUUGCCACUGGGGACAAGUAGCUCUUCUCAAAUAUUUGAGAAGUUAGGUACAGCUCUUCAAUGGGUUAUGUUAAACAAGCUAGAAGCAGGGGGUAUGUCUCAUAUGUUGGAUGAUUUCUUUUUUAUUGGACCUCCUCAGUCUGAAAAAUGUAAAAAUCAUUUGAUGAAUUUUUUGAUUUAUGUGGAAGGAUUAAUAUUCCAAUUGAUGAUAAGAAAACUUUCUGGCCAGUAACAUGCAUCACCAUUUAUGGUAUUUUAGGUUGAUUCUAUUGAUAUGAUGAGUCCGCUGCCACCAGACAAAUUAGAAAAAUGUAGGACUCUUGUAUAUCAGUUUAGUAGGCGUAAAAAAAGUUACUUUGCAGGAGCUUCAAUCAUUAAUUGGAGUCUUAAAUUUUGCUUGUUUGGUAUUAGUUCCUUGUAGGGCAUUUUUACGUCGUUUGAUUGACUUGACUAUAGGUGUGAAAAAACCUUAUUAUCAAAAAAAAAAUUUAAUAAUGAGGUAAGAGCUGAUUUAGCCAUGUGGCUAGAUUUUCUUCAAAAUUUCAAAGGAAAAUCAGUUCUUUUUCCAGAGGAAUGGGAAUCUUCAGAUGUCACGCGACUAUUUACAGAUGUUUCUGAAUUUGUUAGGUUUUGCUGCUGUGUUUGGUUCAAAAUGGUUUGCUGAUGAGUGGACACAAACUCUACCUUUGCAAAUUGCUGUAAAAAAUUGUUUCCAAUUGUUUUGGUUUUGGAAAUUUGGGGUUCAGAGAUGGCAAAUAGAAAAAUCUCAUUUAUGUCAGAUAAUAUGGCAGUGGUAGAAGUAAUCAAUAAACAGUCCAGUAAGGAAAAGUGCCUCAUGCAUCUACUUCGGCGUUUUCGGAUAGUGGCAGCAACACAUGCUGCACAGUUAGGCUAUUCUGAGAGUUUUAUUCAGCAUUUAGGCUGUUGGAACCCCAAUGCAUUACACAUAUAUAUUAGAAUACAAUCGUUUCAACUGUAAUUAUUUGUAUCUACAUUCUUUCUUACCCCUGCAGUUUAUGUAUAGCAGGCCAGUGAUUAACUGCUGCUAUUGAUCUGUACCAAAAAAUGUCUUUAUGUCUGUUACUUUUUCCAUAAGAAUCUUGUGCGUAAAAUAAGGAGGGUGUCUCAGUUAAUUUUGUAAUUAUAGUAUGUUUACAGGUGUAGUAAUUUGUAAUGAUAGGUCAGUGUUUAACUGCUAUUUUUUAGUUGCACAUUGUGUCUUUAGAAAUUGUUAGUACAACUUUAUAGUUAGUCUGUUAGAGUGCCUGCGGGUUAUCACCUUGGAAUUGCCAUUCAUGUUACAUUUGUACGGGUUAUAGUAUAAUGAAUUAUAUGCACUUAUUGCCAGGUCAGUGUGUAACUGCUGGUAACAGUAUGCCAAGUCAGUGUUUAACUGUUGGUACAUUUGACUAUAAACUGUGAUUUGUGUAUGUGUUUUCAUCAGCAUCAACAAGUGCACAACUCACUUUGGAUGGCACAAUGGAAUUGCCAAUUGUCAUUAUGCAAUUCACAUUUGGUGGCAUAUUUUAUUUUUGAGGUGCCAUCUUUUUGCUGGUUUUGUAUAUAUUGUAUAUAAUUUUGAACAAAAUAUUGUUUUUCUGUAUUUUAAGGGGAUCAGCAUAUUGAUAAGUUAUUUAACAUUUUGUGUGAACAGUUUUGGGUCUGAUCCCCUACUAUGUUGUUUAUAUUUUUCUUUACUUUCGUCAUUUUUAAUAAAUGACAUAUUUCAUCAUGCACAAGUGUUGAGUUCAUUUAUCAGACAGCAAAAACGGAGCUGCGGUGAGGUUGUGCAGCAUGAGAAAAUAUAAAUAAUUUUGCGUCAUUUUUAAUUAAUGGCCUUUUUAUGCACCACGUUUGUUUCCAUUGUAUUUCAUUUUGGUAGUUUUAUAGCAUGUGAACUAGUUUUAGCAAUUUUGUGGCUGGGAGACCCUUUCUGUUCUAUACUCUUAAAUUUGGUUUUAAUUAAAU